AUGGACUCAACAGCGAAAACAUUCAUGUCAAAAGUUCAAGCCUCUGUCGUUAAAGUUCCAGACAGUGAACUCAUUGAAUUUCUUCAACGUUACAUUCGACGUAAGAGGAAAUAUUAUGCCAUCGUAGAGUUCAUACAGUCAGGAAUGCAAAAGACUUCUGAGGAGAUGGAAAGAAUUAUUGACAAACACCACUUACGUCAGUACUCAGGAGUUUACGAUAUGAAACGACUGACAAACUACAUUCUAUCAAAACUUUCAAAAUACCCCUUCAAAAAGUAUCCUUCAAACACUCUGCUCGUUUGUGACGACUUCGCCGGAAAAGGUUUAGUGUCAAAGCCUGACUCACCAUUAGCUAACAUCAUAACUAAAGUCAGACAUUACCAUUUAACUGUAGCAAUACUUAUGCAAACAUGGCGUUUCCUUGCUUUAAACAAAAACGUCUCAUAA